UCUUCGUUUCGUUCCGCUAACCCUUUAUUCCUUCAGCCUUCUUUUUCACAAUUAAUAUAAUAAUAAUUAAUUAAUUAAUUAAUCUUUCCCUUUAAUAAUCUCAAUCAUCUCUCCCUAACCUAACACAAUUUCCCUAAUGUUUCCCUCCGCCGCUCCUCCGCCGCACCCGGCGGCGCACCACCACCAAAAAUGCCGGCGACUCGAGCUCAAGUCCACCAUCCACUCCGUCAAAUCGCACAUCUCCGCCCACCAAUGCGCCUGGCUCUCCGCCACCGUCCUUCUCCAGCUCCUCAUCCUCCUCUUCCUCAACCGCGCCUCCCCUCCGCCGCCGCCAUCGCAUCCCCGCCGGCAAUUCUUCACCUCCGACGACGCCUGCCCCUACGGCCGCCUUUACGUCUACGACCUGCCGCCGAUGCUCAACCAGGACCUCCUCGACAACUGCCAGGACCUGGAGCCGUGGUCCUCCCGCUGCAACGCCGUCUCCAACGCCGGAUUCGGUCCUCCGGCGACCGGACUCGACGCCGUCGUUCCUAAAAACCUCACGCCGGCGUGGUCCUGGACCGAUAUGUACGCCGCCGAGGUCAUCUACCACGACCGCGCCAAGCACUACCGCUGCCGCACGGCGGCACCGGAAAAAGCCACGGCGUUCUACAUACCGUUCUACGCCGGGCUCGCCGUCGGAAAAUUUCUCUGGUUCAAUUACACCGCCAAGGACCGCGACUACCACGCCGCGCGGAUGCUCGAUUGGGUGAAGAAUCAACCGCCGUGGCGGAGAUCUAACGGCUCCGAUCACUUCCUGAUGAUCGGACGGCUGACUUGGGACUUCCGGCGGCUGAGCGACGACGACGGCGAGUGGGGAACGAAGUUCAUCUACAUGCCGUUGAUGAAAAACGUUCUCCGGUUGGCGGUGGAGCGCAGCCGUUGGGACCACCUCGAGAUCAGCGUGCCCUAUCCGACGUCCUUUCACCCCAGAUCCGAAUCCGAUAUCCGCGUUUGGCAGAACUGGAUCCGAACCCGACCCCGCCACCAUCUCUUCGCCUUCGUCGGGGCCACCCGGAAGAAGAUCCGGAACGACUUCCGCGGCAUUCUGAUGAACUAUUCCAAAUCCGAAUCCGGAUCCAGCCGCGUCGUCGACUGCUCCGUCGAGCACUGCUACGACGGAGCUCCGACGAUACUGGAGGCGUUUCUCGACUCCGAUUUCUGCCUGCAGCCUAAAGGCGACGGCUACACGCGGAGGUCGACGUUCGAUUGCAUGCUCGCCGGCUCGAUUCCGGUGUUUUUCUGGCGGUUGAGCACGGAGUUUCAGUACGAAUGGCAUCUUCCGGCCGCCGCGAGGAGGUACUCGGUGUUUAUCGAUAACGGCGAGGUGAGAAACCGAUCUUCGAUUAUCAAGGAAGUUUUGGAGAGAUUGAGCAAGGAGGAUGUGAGGAGAAUGAGGGAGAAUAUCAUCGAAUUCUUACCGCGAUUGUUGUACACGAGAUCGGGGACGGACUUAGGAUCUACCAGCGACGCCUUCGACGUCGCCAUGGAAGGCGUGCUCAGAAGGUUCUGGAAACAGAAGGCGGUGAACGGCGGAGAUCGCCGCCCGCCGCCACCGUAAGGUACCGUACCGUACCUUCCGGGAUUAACCCAUUUUGGCGUUCGUUACUCUGUGUAUAGAUUUAUUUUUAUUUUUAUUUAUUUAUUUAUUAUUAUUUUCAAAAUUAUAAUAUAUUCAUGCACAGAGAGCUA